CAUAGUAGCACGGAAUUUCAAACUGCAUUACAGUGAAAGCUCAUCAUGAACAUCCACAUUUUAAAAACAAAUAUUUUAACUUUGGGACUUUUACUCGCUUUUUGCAUGGUAGCAAAAAGUGCCCAGAUUACAACAAACAAAGAUUGCACUUCAGUGAGUGAAAAUGACAAAAUUCUUGGAAAUAACAAUCAAUGUUUCUGCUACAGAUUACAAACGGAGAUUGGGUGGAAUAUUUGGUCCACGUUCCAGGUGAAUGUGACAGGUGAUGAUGGUGUUCACAUUGUGUUUCCAUUGGAACGAAACUUGAAUGAUUCUCUGGCCAUUUUUGGUUUUCUGAGGAGUAGUUUAAAUCAUUACUGGCCUUUUUUUAAGACUCAGAACGAAAAGUGGAUGGAUAUUGCAUUAGUUGAUGAAGACGUAUGCUUUUUGGUAAAGUCUAUCAACCCGCAGGUGCAGUAUUAUCUGCACGUAACUGAAAGAAAGUUUAAUAAAUAUCAGUUUUCCCUGUUCUGUUGUGGAGCGAUCCUCUACUACUUGGCUGGAGCAUUGUGCAGGAGUACCAUAUUUUAUUAUUGUGUGGGACUUUGCCUCGGUAUUCUUUCUAUAUCAGUUCUAACAGUGUUCAUGCUUGAACGUUUUGUGCCAAAGGGUAUAUUUGUGUUUUUGUUCUGUGUAAGUUCUGCUUUGACCUUCUUUGGCAUCCAACAUCUGGUAAUCCACUGGAAUGACAUUAUACCUUUUUACUGGAGAUAUGUAGGAGGUUAUGUGCUAUUUUCCAGUUUUUUAAGUUUUGCUAUCUGCUACAAACAUGGACCAAUUAUGAAUGAAGUUAGCUCAACAUUUUUGACCUGGACUCUCCAGGCAGUAGCCAUGAUCUUGAUGUAUAAAGGUAUUACGCACCCUCCAGCCAUGUACGCAGUGUUUGCCAUCCUGGUCACCAUGAAAAUUCUACCUUUUGCAAAAUUAAGUGUCAUUGGUAUUUUCAGAAAGAUUUGGUGUCUAUUGAGGAAUCCAUUUGGUUGUUCCAGCCAGGAAAAAGCCCAGUAUAGAUUUCUAACAGAGGAAGAGUACCGGGAACAAGGUGAAAUAUACACCAGAACCUGCCUAGAUGAACUACGAGAACACUGCAGGAAACCUGGUUACUCAGCGUGGGAGACUGUAUUGAAACUCAGAUCACCUCAAAGAUUUGCUGAUUUCCUCAUGAGUGGCUUGCAUGUUACCACAGAAGAGUUCCAGACGCAUGAACAUCAGUAUGGCGUCGGAGGAGCCUAUUUUGAGAACAUGAUAUUCUCGGCAGGGAAAGGGAAUAUGCCAACUCCAGAAUGGAACAGUUCUCAUCUUUCAAGAGACAUCAGUGAGGAUGAGCUGGAGUAUUAUGAACCCAGUGGAAACCUUGUACAGGAGGGCCAAGUCCAGGAACCUGAAGACCUUGAGCUAUUCUAAUUGUUCCAGGUUACUAUAUACACCCUACAAUUCUGUGAUAUUUUCUUUCUAGUGAGUUUUUCACAUUUUCUGAAUUUAUUUUAGUUACAUACCUCCCUUUAAAAGGCAACUAGCCUAUUGCUAAUGAUGAUAUUUUUUUAUUUUUAAUCAUAAUUAUUUAAUAUAUUAUAGCUUUGGUUAUUAUACAUCAUAGACAUCUUAAUUCUGUUGCAAAAAAUAUUGCCUGGACAUCUUAUUAAUUAAUUUACUUUCAUCGUAAAGUAUUGUUUAUACACAUAGCAGUUGUACAUUUGGAAUUAGCAUUAUAGGUAUGUAUAUUUGAGGGAUCAGAGAGGCAUAAUUGAACAAUUGCAAAGUUGUAAUUAUGCAGCUUUUCUGGAGCAGUGAAGCAGUGAAGAAACGGGAUAGUACAACAGACAUAAGAUUCUUAACAGUGACUCUGAAGCACCAUAUUGUUCCCCAUGUGAUAACCCAUAUUGCCAACAUUUGAUUAAAAUUAAUAAAAAAAUGUAAAAUAAUAAAAUGUUAA